AUGGCUAUUUCAAACGAAGAGGCUCCCCCGCCUCGCCUACAUCCCGCGAAGCCUCUUCCCUUCGAGUUGGUUCAACAUGUGGGCAUCUUUUUCGAGGAGAGUCUACAUCUUGAAGCACUCAGACUGCUCAUCAACACCCUGAGCACAGAUUCCAACACAGAUAUUCCAGUAUUCACUCCAUCACCGCAACAUCUCGCACUCGCUGCCACCUUUCUCGUCCAUCCCUCCACCACCGCGCGACUAAAGACAGAUGAAGAGCAGGAAACGCCGCAUGUAUCUCUCCGCAUGCUGCACCUGGUAAACAAUCUUGUCGGGCCUGUAAACGCCAGGUUCGAUUUGGCGUUUAAAUUCAAGCACUUUGAGGCCUCGCGUCAUGGGGGACGGCGUUAUAUCGACGGUACUUCCAGAAAAUUGACGAACAGCGAGAGGAAAAUAAACCUGGAUGAGGAUAUCCCUAUUGAACUUGCACAGUCGGCCUCGGUCUGGUCGCGUGCUGAGGACUUCUGGCACGCCGUAGGAUGGGCUUUCAACUGCGCUGUCCUGCAUCCGGCCCGGUGGAAGUACUGGCGGAUCUGGCUGGAGUUUAUGUGCCAGGUACUAGAAGAUGAUUGGGUCCAGCGCCAGCGCAUAAUGGAACAGGACCCCUCGCAUGACGACCAAAUCUUGAAAGACAGCAUCAUAGUUAACUAUAUCGUCAAUUCUCAUGCCGGCUUCGGCCGCGACCGUCGCAUCCUGCGCGCCAUAUUCGCCGACGGCGGAGCGUCUGCGGUCAAUGAAUUUCGCGAGGUCUUUCGUAAGGAGCUGAAGCUGUCACGGAAGAAGGAAAACAAAGAUAAAGACUCAAGGAAGAGGGGUGCUGCGGUCAACGUGGAUGCAGAUGAAUACGGGGAUUUCUACGUCUCAACCGAUCGUGAAGACGAGGGCAGCUCCCCCGGCCGCGGGUCGAAGCGUCCAUGCAGAGGAGCAGCCGCCAGGACUAAAAAUGACGCUGCCAUACCGACCCCAAACCCGAUUCCUGACUCUACAAUACCAGACCCAACACCCUCUUCCUCCCUCCUCGGUGACAUGGCCUCACUCGCCCUGCGCCAGCGCCUCUGCCAUCUACUCUCUAUCGUCUCUAAUUCCUUCCCAAAGAUGUUCAUGCGCCUCCUAGACCUCUACCAGCUCUUCGUGGAAAAUAUCCGACACCUCCCCCUCCCAAUCUAUCAGGCCUUCGUCUCUCCGCUUGCCUUAACCCACUCCAUCCCCGCAGACUGCUCGACGCUCUGCGAAUUGCUUCUGUUCGGCCUCCGCGAUUCAUCCGCAGCUGACUCAGACGAGCAAUACCUCACCCAGAGCAAAUUAGAGACUUGUUUUCUCCCGUAUGCCGCCGCAUCGUCGUCCCUCUCCGACAACGUCAAGAUGUCCAUAACCCUUGAAGCCCUUCUUGUUCUGCUUGCCGAUGGAAACAUGAUCCAAGUCACGGAGGAGACAAAGCAAUUGACGAAGAAGGGGAUCAUAAGGCGCGCGGAGAAGGCUCAGCAUGAGACGAGGAAGAACCAGGUCGCUCGGAUGUCAGAGGACCUAGAGUGGGCUUGGCUCGGUGAAAGUGCAGAGCGACUGACCUUUUUGGUCGAGGAGGUGAUCCCGGCUAGUGCCAGGGUGACUUCUACUGCCAUCGGGUCUUGA